AUUUAUGUAAAUUAUUCUGUCGCCUCUGUAUGUCUCUUUUCCGGCGCCACAUUCGAGUCUGUUGCAGGCAGAGCAAAUUCUCUCUCUUCUUUCUCUCUCUUCUCCUAGAAACGUCUGAAGAAGAAGGAAGCUCUUUAUUUAAUGGCGGAAACGGUACACGCGUCAACAACCUUUCCCCACUGAUGGAAUUUUCAACUCUCAACGCCAUUCCUUCAUUUUUAUAAUACCUUUUCCUCUUUGAUUCCACUUUCUCCUCCGCAACAUUUGCGUAGUAUCACUGCUAUUUAAUUGUUGGAAAUCUUCGGUGGAUGGAUUUCUCUCUUAAGGCAUUCAAAUCACACGGCUCUUACAAGUAUGUGAGGAAGCUUUCUGGAACAGACACUACUCAAGAUCAAGAACAGCUUCCGAUUCUUUCAGAUCAGGAGCCGAACAAUCUUCACCAGAAACAGUCGUUUAUGGCGGUGUCCGAUGCAUCUGACCGGAAGGAGGUCAUUGUCAAGGUCGAUCAGGCCGAUGUUUCGAGUAAUGCAUCUGCGAGACCUGUGGAGUCGGUGAACUCCAGUGGGAGGAUUUGGCGGGAGUCGAGCUAUGAUUUCUGGAAUGAUAGUGGUCGUAGACGGAAUAAUGGUGAAGGUAGUGAUGGCGAUGGUGGUAAGGGUGAGGAUUUUGAGUUUAGGCAACAGAGGAAGGAUGUGGAAGAUCCGCCAUCCAAGCUUAUUGGACAGUUUCUGCACAAGCAGAAGGCGUCGGGAGAGAUGUGUUUGGAUAUGGAUAUGGAAAUGCUGGAACUACCACAGGAUAAGACUCUGCCUCCGGUGGUGGAAUCUCCGCUGCGACGGAGUUCGAAAGAGUUGAAGGUCUCGUUCGAGUCUAUUUCAGAGAUUUCCGAAAGCGAUUCGCUGCGAAGACGACAUAGAGACUCGCCGGUCGAUGAAGAACAUAGAGUACAGCAACCGCCGCAGCGUGACCAUCGAGCGCAUGGCAAUGGUCAUGAUGAUGGUACUCCUGAGGUUGUGAGAUGCACAUCUAAUUCGUCGUUUGAGCGAGGUGUAUCGUUCCAGCGGAAAUCUAGCUUGCUUAAGACUAAAACUAAGUCCAGAUUGCUGGACCCGCCCGAACACCAGGAUCGGAGGUCAGGGCGUGUACCGAAAUCAGGGAAAAUCCGCUCUGGUUUAUUGUCAAAAGCCUUGGAUGAGGAAGAUGAUGAUCCAUUCUUGGAAGAGGAUCUUCCUGAUGAGUAUAAGAAGGCUAAUCUCGGUGUUCUGACUAUGUUACAAUGGGCGAGUUUGAUUUUGAUAAUCGCGGCAUUGAUUUGCACUCUAACAAUCCGUUACUGGAGGAGAAAGAAGCUAUGGAAGCUCGAAUUAUGGAAAUGGGAGGUUAUGAUUCUAGUUCUGAUAUGUGGAAGGCUGUUUUCUGGUUGGGGUAUUAGGAUAAUCGUGUUCCUCAUCGAGAGAAGCUUUCUACUGCGUAAGAGGGUUCUAUACUUCGUUUAUGGAGUCAGAAAGGCAGUCCAGAAUUGUCUUUGGUUGGGUCUGGUUUUAAUUGCUUGGAACUUUCUGUUUGAUGACAAAGUUCAAAGAGAAGUAAAGAGCGAUGCUCUUGAGUAUGUGACCAAAGUCCUGAUAUGUCUGCUGGUAAGCACUUUGGUUUGGCUGGUGAAAACGCUGAUAGUGAAGGUUCUGGCGUCUUCUUUCCAUGUGAGUACAUAUUUUGAUAGGAUUCAGGAUGCAUUGUAUAACCAAUAUGUGAUCGAGACACUGUCCGGGCCGCCAUUGAUAGAGAUUCAAAAGAACAAGGAAGAAGAAGUGAAGCUUGCAGAAGAGGUUAUUAAGUUACAGAAUGCAGGGGCCACUAUUCCUCCUGAUCUAAGGGCAUCUGCCUUUUCAAGUCCAGAGGGUGGAAGGGUAAUAGGGAGUGGAGGGCUACAGAAAAGUCCCCGUGGAAGGAGUGCCAAGCUAUCUCGGGCGCUAUCCAAGAAAGGGGAUGAGGGUAUAACUAUUGAUCACUUGCAUAGGCUUAGUCCUAAGAAUGUGUCUGCUUGGAAUAUGAAGAGGUUGAUGAACAUUGUCCGACAUGGGGCGCUUUCAACUUUGGAUGAACAGAUUAAGGAUUCAGCUCAUGAGGACGAAUCAACUACCCAGAUCAAGAGUGAGUAUGAGGCAAAAGUUGCUGCCAAGAAGAUUUUUCAGAACGUGGCUUCGCAGGGUUCCAAAUAUAUCUAUCUAGAGGACUUGAUGCGUUUCAUGGUAGAAGAUGAAGCUUCAAAAACCAUGAGUCUAUUUGAAGGAGCAUCUGAGAGUAGGAAAAUAAGCAAAUCAUCCUUGAAAAACUGGGUGGUCAAUGCCUUUAGAGAACGGAGGGCCCUAGCUUUGACACUGAACGACACCAAAACAGCUGUGAACAAACUUCACCGCAUGGUGAAUAUUUUAGUUUCUGUUAUUAUUCUGGUAAUUUGGCUACUGAUUCUGGGUAUAGCCACCAGCAAGUUUCUCCUUUUUGUAACCUCUCAGCUUGUACUAGUCGCAUUUGUAUUUGGAAAUACUUGCAAGACUGUUUUUGAAGCAAUCAUCUUCUUAUUUGUGAUGCAUCCAUUUGAUGUUGGAGACCGAUGCGAAAUCGAUGGCGUGCAGAUGAUUGUUGAAGAAAUGAACAUUUUGACGACAGUUUUUCUACGAUUCGACAACCAGAAGAUCAUAUUUCCGAACAGUGUUCUCGCAACUAAGGCCAUCCACAACUACUACCGCAGUCCUGACAUGGGCGAUGCUGUAGAAUUCUGUCUUCACAUAUCUACUCCACCUGAGAAAAUUGCUAUCAUGAGACAGAGAAUACUAAGUUAUAUUGAGGACAAGAAGGAGCACUGGUGUCCUGCGCCAUUGAUUAUCCUAAAGGAUGUAGAAGAAUUGAAUAGAAUGAGAAUAGCAAUAUGGCUUACUCACAGAAUGAACCAUCAAGACAUGGGAGAGAGGUGGACUAGGAGAGCCUUUUUGGUUGAAGAACUGGUUAAAAUUUUCCAAGAGCUCGACCUGCAAUAUCGUCUCCUACCGCUCAAUAUCAACGUCUGUUCCUUGCCUCCAGUGAACUCUACUAGGCUUCCAGCUACUUGGGGAGCCACUGCAAGUUGAGUGAGGCAGACAAGGAAAUCAACUCACAAUAUGAGACCUUCGACUAAAAAGGGAUUGUUUAGUUGCAUUCCCAUUUCAUUUUUCUGGUUCCUGUUACUAAAUCAAGAUAAUGUGCUGUUGUAUGUGUGUGUUAUUGAGUUGAUUAGCUCAUGUAAAAUGUCUUAUUGAUUUUUAUAUCUUA